GUGCGGGGAUGAGGAAAAAGAAAAUAAGAUGGUGGUGGCCGUCGGCUGUGCUGCGCCAUGGUGAGCAGGGUGCGGCGGGCCGCGGAAUGAUGUCCUCCACCGCUGCGGCACCAUGUCAUGGCACACGAGCGCCUUUUUCUCGUCGCUUGCCCUAUGGACCGUGGCCGUGCUCUUCGUGUCGCCCGAGACGCAGGAGAGCCGCACUACAUGGAGGCGAAGCGGCGUCAGCGCCCACGAACACCUCCUGCUCACCUGGCGAAACGUGACGGUCGCGCUGCUCUGCGCGGCCAUCAUGUCGCUCGGCUACUGCAAGCUGCGGCUCUACCUGGACGAGAUGUCGGACGCGCUGGCCGCCGGUCGGACGGGCCUCAAUCCGUACAACGUCAACGACGGCCACUUCGUGUUCAAUAAUGACAAGGUCACGAUUACACGGAGCGUUCUCAACUGUCACGACCGUGCGACAGACUUUCUGGCAGCGUACAGCAACGACAUCGCCGAAAUGGAAGAGAACAUCCGCUCCAACGUCCGCUUGCUCAUCGAAGACAUCGGCAACUGGAACGGCGAACUUGUCGUUGUCGCCCGGGAGCUGCGAACGGUGUCGACGUCAGGGCAGUCGGCCGUACCACCGCCCCCGAACACGGCGCCGUCCGACGCGUCGGGCAGCCCCGACCAGGGGGCCGGAGUUACUGGUGGCUCGGGCACCAACACGCCGCAGCAGGGUCUCGGUCCGCUCAAGGGGCCCGACAACCGGAGCAUGCUAGUGACAAAGAACCGGCGCCAAAACAAGCACACCGGCGGCAGCUCGUCGGGCGGCGCCGCCGAGCGCCCGUCGCGGCCACCGAAGCUUCUGGGCGCGCAAGCGGACCGCGACACCGAAGAAGUGGAGGUAUGGCCCCCAACGACGCGGGGCCCGGCGGCGCGCAACAACGUGAUGGCGUCGUCGCGCAACGCUCGCCACUCGGACCCUACGCGCGAGAACACCUUCCUGAACGUGCGCCGGCGCACUAACAGCUCGCGCACCGCCGAGUACAGCCCUCCCGAGCGACACGGGUUCGACGACCCUCGACCGCAGGCCGAGAACGUGCGCAUCGAGCUUGAGGAGAGGGGCGGCCGUGGCGCCGUGCCAUUAAAUAAUCAGCAGCAGCGUGAGGACGCAACGCCCACGGUAACGCCGCCGCUCCUGGCCUCGGAAGAUGGUAGCCAGCUAGUGCCCUGGACAGGUACUGACGACCUGGACGCGGACAUCGCGCCUUCACCCAAGGACGACGAGUCAUCAGACUACCGCGCGGCGUCACUGCAGCGCCUGCCACAACACAACGAACAGCAGCAACAGCAGCAACAACAAAGGCAAGAGCACACGGAGCCCAAACCUGGCGACGAAGAGAACACGGGUGACAGACUAUGAAAACAUGGACAGUUCACACCUCAGAACGCAGUAAAUUGAAAGCGAUCGAAAACCCAUGUCUGUCGUCUAACAUCCGACAGUCUUCGAGGUGUUUUCUCUUCUUUUUUUCUUGUGGCGAACGCCUGGUAAAGGCUAUACCAACGCCAGUUUUUCUUUCCUACGUAGAUUUCCGAAGACACACCCUGAAAAGUUGGCGCCAACGGCUUUAUGGUGUUUUCUGUUGUGAUAAUAGGUACUCGCAAAUGGUGGAAAGUUCCCAAGCGAAAACAUUGUUGGCACAUGGAAGAGUGCUCUUGUACACCCAACGGCGUAGCCCGAAAUAUUAAAGCGAAAGCUUUACUAGGGACGUCGAGCCGAGUUUCGCCGUCGCCAGCAAUUUGACCUUCAUUUGACCGCAGCUGCGCCGUAGCCUUGGCCAACGUUUAUAGAUCUAUAAACGUUGGCCUUGGCAGCACAU